GUCUGCCUUUCCAUCCAGCACCCACUGGAUUUGGCCGACCAGGACACACGAACGAUGACUUCCACAUGCUUCCCACUUCACCAGAAACCCAGUCUGCCCCGUAUCCACCGAAGUGCAGGAGGUUCCAGCUAGUUGCAUUUGCCCUUUUGCCAAUUAUCAUCAUAAUCUCCUCGUCAGGUUCGGAGAACCUCGGACCCGGUAAUGCUAACGCGAUCAAGACUCACUAUCCCCAAGUGAAGGGAUCCAGACUCAACGUACCCCGCAAUCAUCACGAUGAUAGGACAUCUAUCUCUCGACGAUACCUAUGCCCGAACUCGAUCGCUUUAACCGGGACGCAACCGUGAAACGCACCUUUCAAAUCAACCUGCCGUAGCGAAAGUGGGCUAGACGAUACUGGGCACCCCAUGAUGCACUGUUACGGAUCGAUUAGCAUCGUCUCUUUUUCGCUUUCCUCUUCGGCCAAUUGUACUGAAGGCUUGCUGACCCAUGGUCGGGCGAGUUCUUGUUCCAUAGCAGAGCGCCUAACAUACAAGACUUUCUGUGUACACAAGACGCAAAUUAUCCCACGAGCGCCCAAGCGGCUUGUCCAUGGCCGUAUCAAAUCGCGAGAGCCCUUUGCACCGAGGCUACAUUAGCCUCCAUCGG